GUUAAUCAAUUACAUUUGUAAGGCGAGUGUAUAUUUUGUUGAAUUAAUUCGGCCCUCGGGGAGCGUAUCAAUCACAUUUAAAAUAGCGGUGAAAAAAUACGCGGAUAAAUAAAAAAAGGGUAAAAAAUAAUGAAAGUAAAAGAAGAAUUUUUCUGUCAGGCAGUUUGUUUGAGGAAAAAGACUCGAAGAAUCAACUCAUCACUUUUAUUUUUUUUUUCCACAUUUUUUUCCACAGUUUCUUUGAGUGACUGCGCUGGAACAAAACGAACCGCAGAGAGGAAAAAAUAAAUUGCCGCACAAGAUAAAAUACGAUAAAAAAGAUCUACAUAUAUAGAUAUAUGUACAUAUAGAUAUCUGUAUAUAUUGUAAUAAAAAGCAAAGCGGAAAGACAGAAGGUAUGAAAGGGGAAUGUGUUAAGGACUGGGGACGAGGAUAAUCAUCCGUCCCCAUAAAAAAAGAGCGGCGUAACGGGCGUCGUUUAGUUAUCCAACGAAAGUAAGGUGAGAAGAUAAAUAUUGUUGCCGGGUAUGACGGCCAAGUCGGGAGGUCGCCGGGCGUUUGUGAAGGGUUCGAGCGAGUAGUAAUAGCUCCCAAAGUGUCCACGGGGUCAACGGGCACACCUUUCCAAGAAGCCAUCGGUCAGAGAAUAAAUUAUUUAAAUUUCCACGAGGUGAAUAAAUUAACCGCAGAAAAAAUGAAAAUCCGGUGCUAACAAUUAGCUGAUUGUGGUGAUUUAAUUGUGAGUGCUAACACCAGUAUUAAAAUUUGACGGGUUUAAGAGACGGAUAGAGACGCCAUUUAAUAUCAAUAAUGCGGGCUGAAAGAUUGAGGAUGUCGGGCAAGACGACGAAAAUGUCUGGUGAAAAGGAAAAACGGAGGAUGAGUGUCUUAGUCCUGAGACGCCCCGGGUUACAGUCUUGGAUCUUGAAUCUCAGCUUUGUCAUUGUACUUCUUACAACCCUCCCACAAGAAAGCAAUUGUGGAGCUAAUGAAAGAAGAUUGCUAAAAGACCUCUUGGAUAAAUACAAUACUCUGGAACGACCGGUCGCGAAUGAAAGCGAGGCGCUGGAAGUCAAAUUUGGUAUAACACUUCAACAAAUAAUUGACGUGGAUGAAAAGAACCAGAUUCUCACAACCAAUGCAUGGCUGAAGUUGGAGUGGACGGAUUACAAUCUUCAGUGGAAUGAAACAGACUAUGGCGGUGUGAAGGAUUUAAGAAUAACCCCAAACAAACUUUGGAAGCCGGACGUUCUUAUGUACAACAGUGCGGAUGAGGGUUUUGACGGGACGUACCAAACAAACGUGGUGGUCACGCAUAACGGCAGUUGCCUGUACGUCCCACCGGGCAUCUUCAAGAGCACAUGCAAGAUAGACAUCACUUGGUUCCCCUUUGACGACCAACACUGUGACAUGAAGUUCGGAUCCUGGACCUACGACGGCAACCAGCUCGAUCUCAUACUCAACUCCGAGGAGGGAGGUGACUUGUCCGAUUUCAUCACAAACGGAGAGUGGGACCUCAUCGGAAUGCCCGGCAAGAAAAACACAAUAAGAUACCAGUGCUGCCCGGAGCCAUACGUCGACAUCACAUUCACGAUACAUAUCCGCAGGCGGACACUCUAUUACUUCUUCAAUCUCAUCGUACCAUGUGUACUUAUAUCCAGUAUGGCACUACUUGGCUUCACCCUGCCACCAGACUCUGGCGAAAAACUCACCCUAGGAGUGACCAUUCUACUGUCGCUGACAGUCUUCUUGAACCUCGUGGCCGAGAGUAUGCCGACGACGUCGGACGCUGUUCCGCUAAUAGGGACGUACUUCAACUGCAUAAUGUUCAUGGUGGCGAGCAGUGUGGUCCUAACAGUCCUGGUGCUCAACUAUCAUCACAGGACGGCGGAUAAUCACGAGAUGCAGCCAUGGGUCAAAGUAGUCCUGCUUGAAUGGCUUCCAUGGAUGCUGGGUAUGAGCAGGCCUGGGAGAAACAUCACAUGGAAAACCAUAACAAACAACCGCAAGAUGCGGGAAAUGGAGCGGAAAAAUAAAAGUAGCAAGAGCCUCAUUGCAAACGUUCUUGAUAUGAACGACGAUUAUCGAUUGAAGCCCACGGUGUCUAGUGUCAGUUCAACUUACGCUCGCACCUCGGGUCACGACACGCCUCGCAGACCGACCACCGUCGAGGAAACCACUAUCGGGAUGCCCUACAAUGGGACUUCUUGUCAUUACAGCGAGCUCAAGAAUAUACUAAGUGAGCUACAGUUUAUUACUAAACGUAUGAAAAAAGCCGACUGGGAGGCUGAGGUCAUCAGCGAUUGGAAGUUUGCUGCCAUGGCUGUUGACAGGCUGUGCCUGAUUGUAUUUUCACUAUUCACGGUGAUUGCAACGAUAGCAGUUCUUUUAUCAGCGCCACAUAUAAUCGUCCAGUAGUAAACUGCCCAGGCCCAGCAGCCAAAAAACCUUUCCGAAGAAGGCUCCUCCUGAUUCUAGUCAUGGAAGAACGAAUCAGCCAAGUCACUAAGAAUAGUCUCACUGGAAACAGUCGGUCACGUAGUGGACAAGUUUACUAGGCAAAAGUUUGUCUACAGCUUGCGAAGAAACCCGAAGAGUAAGAGUGUUUGCUCACUUUUCUCAUUGGUACUUUGCAAAACUGUUGACUCGAUAACACGAAUUUAAUUUAUAAGUAAACGACGUGAAAGGAAUAAAUUUACUACGAGCAAAAAAAGACUUGGCUACAAUUCGUCCAUGUGAACCUGCAGGAAAAUUCUUCAAAGACCUUUCAACAACAAAAAUUCUCCAAGUACUUUCGAUAACUUCCAACUCUACACAUUAUCUUCUCGACGCUAUUCUCCGACGAGUCUGUCACUAACGAAAAUCAUCAUCGUCAGCAACAAAAAAAAAAUUUAAUUACAUAAAUAAGUGAAAAGUACUGGAAAUUUUUUCGCUCUCCGACAAUUCAAAUUACGUUGGAUUUUUAAAACUCGCAGAUAAAUUUUCUCAUCGAUUAUAAAUUAAAAAAAAAAAAUGAUAAAUUUAUUUGCGAGAAAAUGCUCAAAAAAAUAUCUCCCUGAAAUCCUUUUUGUCGCCACACACGCGAAUCUCUCAACUUAAAAACAAAGACAAGACAAGCCUCGAUUAUUAAUCGGCAAAAUAAAUAAUAACAACAAAAAACUGCCAAUCGAUUCGCUCACGUUUAAAUAAACUCGCUGGCGAUAAAAAGGCGACACGAACAAAAAAAAAUAAAAAAAUACCGCGUUUACUUUUUAUCCACGCUACGAAGAUUCACCGAUACAUCUUCGGCAAUUAACCACAACCUCACCAGCUGAAAAAUAUAUAUAAAUUAUAUAAAUAAAUAUUUAUAAAUAUAUAUAACAAGUAGGGUGUGCUAAGGAAACCCGGUGCGCAACCAUAACAACACACACUUAUAUAUAUUUAUAUAUAUUUUAAUAUAAUAGUCAUAUAUGUACUUAACUAAUAUGUAUACCACAUCUAUAUCCAAAAGCGUUACGCUUUAACAGUUUAUUUACCGCGUGUAAAUAUAUAUAAAUUUGCCAGCAGAAUAAAGUUUAAAAUUUAAAAAACGUGUAGCGCGUAAUUUUUAGAUUUUGCACGCGACAAGGAGCGUUUGUGUUUGGCAAAGUUAGAUAUUGUUAACGUAUCCAUUCAUUUAUUUAUUCUUAAAUUUUUUUUUUUAUAUUUUUUAUUUAUAUUCAGUAGCGAAAUCGCCGCUGCGGUCUAGUGCGUGUGGCUGUUUGAGGAAUUAAUUACUCGGUUUAAUUAUCAGGCUCAAAAAUCUAUUGACCAAUAAAUAAAUUUUUUAUUUUUUAAACAAAGGCUCGAGCAAACGCAAUCUAUUUUUUUUUUUUACGACCUAUUCUCAGGCAGUGAAAAAAAAGUUUCAUUACAGUCCUUUCACAUGCUGGCAUAUCACAUUGAAUGAUGUACACACUAAAAAAUCCUUUGUUAACUUUCGGAUAAAAUUUAUAUUGCUUAUCAACGCUUGUCUCCUAGUGGACAGCUCAUAUUAAUUGCUCCAGUCCCUGUCCCAUCUAUAAAAGAUUAAAUUCGAGGGAAAAUAUAAAAAAUGGAGGGAAAAAAAAAUAGCAAACAAAACCGGAAAAUUAGACAUCGAGUUUAAUUUUAUAAAGACAUUUAAAUAUAAAGUCCCUGAUUGUUUUUCUGUCUUGUCAGACAACGCGAGAUGUUAAAUGGAUUUUUAAAAAAACGACAGACCGAAGACUAGUUUCCAGACACAUGUCACGAGCAUACAAACAAUUAGUUUAAAUAAUUAAAGUGUCUAGUCAAUAAACGACAGCCCGCAAUCCGCCACUAAAUAUACUGCACUAUUUUAUUUAAUUGCAAUCCGAUUGUUCUUUGAGUUGGUAAAAAAAAGCCUCAGACGUCACACGUGCCAGCAUUUUAAAAAUCUUAACGAGCGUCGUUAGAGAAUGAGUCGAGAAUAUAAAACCCGCUAUGCUGUCUCCUGUCACUCCUAAAACCUUGCGCUGGGCUUGAAGUAACGGAAUUAGUUAAUAAAUAAAUUAGGAUAUAAAUAAAUAGGUAAAUAAAUAAAAUGUAAAAUCGUUUUUAAAUACAGGUGUCUAAUGAGACACGAGAAAACUCUUGUCAAUAAAUAAAGAGUUUUUGAGCGUUCGAGGAACGUUAGAAUAAUUAAUUAAAAACCUCAUUGACGAUAAAGUGUUCCAAUAUAUUUAUAUCGUAAUCGUGCAUAUAUAUAUAAAUAUUGUACACAUUUUAAAGUAACGUAAUUGCGACGUAAUUUCGUGAUCGGUGUAUAAAAUAUAUAUAUAUAUAUAUAUAUGAAUUUUUAUGUCCUCGACGUAUGCAGGACUCGGUGCUGAUCGAGCUCGCGCUGACCUCGAUUCUUUAUUAUAAUAUUUAAUAGUUUAUAAUAAUAAUAAUAAUAAUAAUAAUAAUAAUAAUAAUAAUAAUAAUAAUAAU